AUGAGUUCGAAUUCAUUCAUCGACCCUGCGCUCCCCCCGUGCCCUAUCCCGCCCUACCUCCUCACCGACAUCCUCCUGCACCUCCCAGACCUCUCCCUCCUCCCCUGCCGCCUCGUCUGCCGCCACUGGAAACACACGCUCGACACCACCCUCCCGCUGCGACGCCGCCUCUUCACCGCACCCCCCUCCCCCUCUACCACCUACGACCUCAACCCCGUCUUCCGCACAAUCGACUACCACCUGCACGCCCACCUCGCCGCACGAAGCCACCACACCGGCCCCCUAAAGCACCGCAUCGCCUUCCGCCUCAACAACCACUCCUUCCACGACUCGUACGUCGCCGACACGUUCGCGACUGCGCCCGCGGCACGCAGGAUCAAGGUGACGCUGUGUGGUGGCUUCUGGGUCGUGGAGCGCGAGCAUGGCGUGACGGUGUGGGACUUGAUGGCCGGGCUGGAUGAGCUGGUGAAGGAGCGCCAUGAGCGACAAGACGGGGUUCAGGCGCCGGCAGCGCGACAGCUGGAGUGGGACUGUACGCAGUUUCCAUUCGCGGGCUUCCGCAUCGUCGCGGCCACAAGCGAAGAGGUACACGUCAAGCCCGAAUUCCUAAACCUGUGGGAAGUAACGCGGCGUAUUUCGCGCGUGCCCAUGGAGGCCAUCACUGCGCCGCCGGUCAUCACGUUUGAUGUCGAGCAUGAUCUGUAG